AUGGAUCAAGUACAAGUCGGAGUCGGGGUCUUCAUCCUGAACCCCGAGGGCAAAUUCGUCAUCGGCAAGCGACAAGGAAGUCUCGGUGCUGGCACAUGGGCUCUACCAGGCGGACAUCUCGAAUUUGGAGAAUCCUUCGAGACCUGCGCCGAGCGGGAAGUCCUCGAGGAGACCGGACAGAAGAUUUCGGAUGUGCGAUUCCUGACAGCCGCUAAUUCCAUCGUCGAUGGAAAGAAACAUUAUGUGACUAUUUUCAUGGGCGCCCGUGUUUCUGCGAAUGAGGAACCAAAGAUCAUGGAGCCGGAAAAGUGUGAGGCCUGGGAAUGGAUUUCGUGGGAUGAGAUGAAGGCUGGCUUGGGCGAUGGACGCGAGCUAUUUCUGCCUCUUACGGAAUUGUUUACACAGCGUCCGGAUUUUAGAGUCUGA